AAUUUUGGGGAAAUAUAUGUAAUUUGACCAAAAUCGAAAAACAUUUUCAUUAGCCGCCACCAGCCCGAAGCCAAGCUCGCAUCCUCCCUUCCCUCACUCUUUUUUCUUUCCGUUCACUGCGCCAACAUUCGUCGCAUCAAACACCUUCUCUCUUGGUUUAGAGUUCAGGUUAGCAUACAGAGAUGCUAUAUAUUAUAGGUCUUGGCUUGGGGGAUGAGAGAGACAUUACUCUAAGAGGUUUAGAUGCUGUGAAAAAAUGUGAGAAGGUGUACAUUGAGGCCUAUACAUCUCUUCUAUCCUUUGGUCUAUCUACAGAUGGCCUUUCCACUUUGGAGAAAUUGUAUGGGAAACCAAUUAUACUUGCAGAUAGAGAAAUGGUUGAAGAAAAGGUAGACAAUAUUCUGUCAGAAGCUCAUGGGUCUGAUGUGGCUUUCCUUGUUGUUGGUGAUCCUUUUGGAGCCACAACACACACUGAUCUUGUUGUUCGAGCAAAGACAUUGGGGGUUGAUGUCAAGGUAGUGCAUAAUGCAUCCGUUAUGAAUGCAAUUGGAAUUUGUGGAUUGCAACUCUACCGUUAUGGGGAGACAGUUUCAAUACCUUUUUUUACCAAAACAUGGAGACCUGAUAGUUUUUAUGAGAAAAUUCAAAGAAAUCGUAAUCUUGGAUUGCACACACUCUGCCUAUUAGAUAUUCGUGUAAAGGAACCAACAUUGGAAUCUUUGUGCAGGGGAAGAAAACAGUAUGAACCACCUAGGUACAUGACAAUAAACACUGCCAUUGAGCAGCUCUUGGAGAUUGAACAAAAGCAUGGUGAAUCUGCAUAUGAUGAAGACACUGAUUGUGUUGGGUUUGCUCGGCUGGGAAGUGAGGAUCGGAUGAUAGUUGCAGGCACAAUGAGACAACUCCGGAUAGUUGAUUUUGGCAAACCUCUGCAUUGCCUUGUCAUAGUAGGCAAGACUCAUCCGGUGGAAGAAGAAAUGUUGGAGUUCUACAAGAUCGGCAGUGAGAAUUCAGAACAGAAAGGCAAAGGGAUUGCAUGAAUGUCUCUUCUAACAGAAAUAUUUCUUCCUCCUGGUGUAGGUGUGCGGGUUAUUGUUUCUUUCUAAUGCAUGCUUUUACUUGCUUCUGGAAAACAAUUUUGCAGCUCCCUGUUCUUCGACAUGUUGGGAGACUCAGACCAAUACUUGGAUCCAACUCAUUCAAACUGUAUGGUAUCUGUUUGGGCUAAUUUGUAAUAUUUUUUUAUCUAUACUUACUUUUUUAAACGUGUUAGUUUUCUUAUCUUGAAGGACUUUGAAUAUAGAAAAGCAGAUCUUUUGAAGAGAAACAA